CGAAUUCAUGGGUUGAGCCUUGAGGACACAGAUCCGAUCUGAGAGAGCAAGAGGAAAAUAUAUGAAAAAGUAAAAACAAAAUUAAGUUUCCGAGCUGAGAAGAAAAGAAAGAAAGAAAGAAGGAAAACAGAAUUCAAGAUCAGAUUCUCACUUCUCGCUUUCCCUCUCCCGUCGCAAGUCACCGCCAUCAGAUUUCCUCACCGCCGGCGAAACUCCAUCGAACUGAAGUCUCCGCUUCACAAUUGAAGUCAUCCAGCCCCUAGAAAACAAAUGACUACAUCUUUGCACCAGCGGCCCCUCCCCUCCGCAUUCUCCGACCGAUUCCCGGCAUCCCUUCACUACUCCAACCUUCCUCACAGGCAAAUUUCAAUCUUCAGCCGCGCCGGCCUCUUGGCGUUACUCUCCCUCAUGUUAAUCCUUGGCGUAAUCGUGCCUUGGGCGGAUAUGCCGGGUGGGAUCUUCUCCGCAAACAAGUCUUCAGUCCAGCAAUGGCGUCGGUACACGCUGCCUCAAGCCGUGUCGUUCGUCGCCAAGAACGGUACCGUGAUUGUCUGCGCAGUGAGCCGGGCUUACUUGCCGUUUCUCAACAACUGGUUGAUCAGCAUUUCCAGGCAGAAGCGCCAAGAUAUGGUCCUCGUGAUUGCGGAGGAUUACGCUACACUGGAUUUGGUGAAUCAGAGGUGGCCUGGCCAUGCCGUGCUAGUUCCCCCUGCGCUUGAUGCACAGUCUGCCCAUAAGUUUGGCUCUCAGGGUUUCUUCAAUUUCACGGCCCGAAGACCUCAGCAUCUCCUGCACAUUCUGGAGCUUGGUUACAGUGUUAUGUACAAUGAUGUGGAUAUGGUGUGGCUAGGAGAUCCCUUCACUUAUUUGCAGGGAAGCCAUGAUGUUUACUUCACUGAUGACAUGACUCCAGUGAAGCCUCUGGAUCACUCCCAUGAGUUACCACCUCCAGGGAAAAAAGGCCGCACUUACAUUUGUAGUUGCAUGAUUUUCCUUCGCCCUACUGAUGGAGCAAAACUAGUUAUGAAGACUUGGAUAAAGGAACUUCAAGCUCAGCCUUGGUCUAGAGCAAAGAAAGCAAAUGAUCAACCUGCUUUUAACUGGGCCUUAAACAAAACUGCUGGACAGGUGGAUCUAUAUCUGCUUCCACAAGCUGCAUUCCCAACGGGUGGUUUGUACUUCAAGAAUAAAACAUGGGUGCAAGAAACGAAAGGGAAGCACGUAAUUAUACACAACAAUUACAUAACUGGUUUUGAGAAGAAGAUAAAGAGGUUCCACGAUUACGGCCUCUGGUUGGCAGAUGAUCAUGCCAAUGAGUCUCCAUUGGGCAAGUUAUAGCAGCAGCUUCAUGCUUCAGGGACUCUUAAUUACCUUCUGUUUGCGCGAGAAUACCGGAAGAAUGACAAAGUAUCCACGCUAGGUGAAUCCUCACCCAUCAUGUAGCCCAAAGCUCAUGAAAGUCUUACUGGAGAGUUGGAAGCCAUCAUUAUAUCCAGGCAAGGGAAGCGGAGCUGGUUGAUUUGGCCCUCUUAUUUUCAUGGAAGUCAGUUGGGGGGGAAUCCAGUCAGCAACUAGCAUGAGAUAAUAGAGCGCGAUCCGGUUGGAAAAAGGGUUAGCUUUCUUUGAAUUCUUACUCCAUGGGGGUUUUAUCGUGUAAGAAGUGCAGAAACCAUCUGAAUCUGAAUCUAUUCCAAUGAUAUUCAUUUUAUUCUCUAGUCCGAUGUUGAGCAUUAUAUAGAGCAACUAUGCUUUGCUUGCAUGUUAAAAGAGCCUCAACUAAGCCAAUUCCAUUCGACUUCCCUCAACAUGACAGUUGAAGUUGAGCAUUAUAUAGAGUGACUAUGCUUUUGCAGGUCAACUCUUACUACUGCAGAGAACCCCGUGUUUCAUGAGAGAAUGAAGCAUGUCAAAGUCGACUACCACUUCAUUCGGCAACAUCUUCAGCCAAAUUUGUUUGCUAAGACUCUCAGUCGAACUCACAUUUGUUAUCUGCUCAAGCUUGGAGUAGCUAGUGGUAAACUAAAUCUGCGCCUCCAGGUUUACAAGUGCUAUUCCGGUACAGCUUGGAAGAAGCAUCUUGCAGCACCUUAUUAAGAAGUGCAAAACAUUGUUGCAAUCUUGCAAGAUGGCAACAAUGUUUCUUGGCUUUCUAGGUUGUAAGUGAAGUUCGAAGCACGGUGCAGUGACCUGAAAUGAAACGCCUGGUAUCAGGGCAAGUCGUCCAAUCGGAUUGGCAAUAUAGCCAUAGAGAUAUAACGAAGUAGAGGAAAGAACAAACCUCCUCCGCUUGGAGCACAUUCUUGAAAGUAGUCGAGGAUUCAAAUGGCAGCAUGAUGAUGGAUAACACUGGGAGUCAGUUGGGAUUGGCUUAGUUGUUGAACUGCAAAACAUGUAUCUCGCUGCGUAAUAGUUAAAUAAUGUGGAGGUGCCCAAAAUAAAAUAGUGUAAUCAAAGAUGGGAAAAUAAAAUAGUGUAAGUUUUACUUAUCAAAUUCAGGAUCACCAUAUCUAUUAUCACUCUGUGAUUAUCUAGCAAAGCAAGUUGCGAAAUCAAGUUAACUGUCUAAGGAAGCAAAGUAAAUUAAUUCGGGUUUCAAGAUGAGAAAGGUCACUCGGGUAUGCUUCCUCUAGUCCUUAGUCAGGUAAUUGUUGUUUCCCUAGUUUAUUUCACUCGAUGUUUAUACAAUGGAGAAAUCGUAUUUAAUCUUGAAUCUAUAUUUAAGUAGAAAAUGUCAUCUUGGAUAGAUUGCUUAGCAGGACACUAUCUUCAACUGAAACAGAAUACCAAGACAAUGCAAACUAGAUUCACUCUAGUGUAUCAAAGUACAAUACAAGGUAGUGAACCGAUUCACCACCUCCAAUUGACAAUGCUUUCUUAACCUAUUUAGGUAUUUUCUAUAAUUCGAUAUAUAAUGUGAUCAUGAUUCAUACAACUGAUAAAAAAUGCAUCAAUUGGAUAUAUGAUUCGAUUUCCACAAACAAGGGUUCAAACAAACAUCAAUCAUAACAUACCAAAUUAGGGUUCUUCGUACCCAGGUGAGACAGAGAUUUACUCCAUAGACAGAGAGGAACACAGAGGGGAAAGAAGUUAUCAUCGUGUAGACAAUGUGAAUAUGCUCCGGAGUGGCUAUCUUCAUUCCAAAGGACGAGACUUAAUCUCCAAUGGCGAACGAAUAAAGAAAAUCUACUUUGAGGGUGCUCUCUUCGUCACUUUUUCUCUCUAGGGCUCUUCUAACUCGUUUCAAAUGCCAAAACUCAAAUCCCCAAUUUGAACUCGUCAAAACCCUCUUAUACUUGAUAGUGCACGAGUCGUGUUCCCAAGCCACAAUUGUGACUUGCAACAUUAGGGCGUGACUUUGGACAAAACACUGUCGUGAGAUUAAGUCGAUAGGUUGCAAGUCAUAGUAGUAUAGUUCAUGUCACAAGUCAUAGCAGAUGUUAUAGUCUCUUCUCUAUCAAGACUCGUGAGAAGGGGAUUUGUAAGUGAGAGUGUCGAAAAUGUUAUUCGUGCAUCUCAAACACAAUACUCAAAGCGCACUCUGCUCCUUAAGAUGAGCCUUAGGAGGUUGUCUUAAGUAUCUCGACCAGUUACCACAACACGUGAGUAAAUUCAUUCAUUUAGAGUUUUAGAGCCUUUUUUCAAUAACGUUUUUUAGUCCACAAAAGUUUUCUUACCACUGCACAAAUCAAAUGUCCUAAAAAUAUCAGUCAAUACUCAAUAUAGCAACCAACAGUUCACAAAUCACAGACUUGAUUUCCCUCUUGUAGACGGUGAAAAUGGCUAGAAGAUUCACAGGUUGUCAUUAACAAAUCAUUGUAGUGCAA